AUGUCUCGCCCUGCACACAGAAGACCAGAAUACCAUAAAAUCAACAAAGAUCUCUUUGUCCUCACCUAUGGAGCUCUGGUUGCCCAACUGUGUAAAGAUUAUGAAAAAGAUGAAGAUGUGAACAAAUAUUUAGAUAAAAUGGGAUAUGGCAUUGGAACACGGCUGGUGGAAGACUUUUUGGCUCGAUCUUGUGUAAGAAGAUGCCAUAGUUAUUCAGAAAUUACAGACGUAAUUGCCCAGGUUGCCUUUAAGAUGUACUUGGGGAUUACACCAAGUGUGACCUGUAACAAUUCAAGCAGGACUGAAUUUUCCCUGAUCCUAGACAAGAAUCCGCUGGUGGAGUUUGUGGAAGAGCUCCCCGCCGGGCGAUCCUCUCUGUGCUACUGCAAUUUACUCUGUGGGAUUAUCAGAGGUGCCCUGGAAAUGAUUCAUUUGGCUGCUGAUGUUACAUUCUUGCAAGACAGACUGAAAGGCGACCGUGUGACAGAAAUAGGAAUAACAUUUCUGAGAAAGCUAGAUGAGAAAAAAUACAGACGGAAAAAAUGA